AUGAAAAAGAAAAUUCCGGAAGAAGUUUUAAAUGAAAUUGAACAAGCCAUCAUAGAAACGGCCAAAACCAAGGAAAUAUUUGACAAUAUACAGAUAUCUAUACAAGACACAACAGAAGCAGAGCUGACGGAGACAAAAACACUGAAAGAAUACCUAAAAGAGAGGUUAGUAGAGAAAUAUGGUCGAUACACCAGUAAUGAAUUUGGAACAGUAAUUGAAAUAAUUAUAAAAAAAGAAACCAUCAAUGUCAAGCUAGUGAACGAUGCAAUUUAUAUAUGCGGCAGAUACCGAAAGAAUAUAAGAGGUAUAUCUAAUACUCCAAUGGUAUUUGGCGAGACUAUGCCAAGCAGAAGAAGGCAGAAGCAGAUGAAGAAGGAUGCAAAAAUAAUGGAGAGCUGCAAAGCAAUGCAAAAGGAGCAGAAGAAUGCAGUAGGCGAAGAAAGAAGUGUGAAAGAAAUAAGAGGAGAGGGUGGGUUGCUAUUAAAUAGUAAAGAGCAGCAGGGCAGAGGCCAUCUGGCAGAUAGGAUGCUAGCGGUCUCUGACUGGGUGGAGCCUCUCAAAGAGUACUUUGAAGGAAAUAAGGUUGUGUUUAUAUCUGGAGGAAGAGAGGAUUAUGACGUGCGCAUGCUUGGAAAUGGACGGCCCUUUAUUUGCAGGAUAGAAAAUCCAUGCAGAAACCUUCCCAGAAAGGUUGGCCUGCUGUGCAAUGUUAUUUCAGAGAGCGGGGCUAGUGUAGAAGAGUACACAGUAGAGUAUAAGCCAAUAGAUAUAAAGUACAACAUGAGCAAGGAUGUAGAAAUAUUAGACACGCUACUAGUGGACGGAGCAGUUGCAAUGAAAGAUUUAAAGAAGAUAGAGGAAGAACACAGCAAGGUGUACAGUGUAAAAGUACUGUGCAGUGUACCAAAGAAGAUCCUUAUAAAUAGGCUACUUUCUACUUAUUGGAAAGAAGAAACAGACAAUACACACUCUGACAUGAACAGAGCGUUUUCUCUAAUGGAGCCAGAUCUAAAGCUAAACCAACGAACCCCCAUCCGCGUGCUGCACAGAAGAGCUAAUUUAGUAAGAAAUAAAACAAUCCAUAGCUGUAGAAUAGUUAUAGAGAAAACACAAAAAGAUCAAAAUACUAUGCUCCAAAUAGAGAUUAAGUCUUCUUCUGGCACGUAUAUAAAGGAGUUUGUUAAUGGGGAUAUGGGAAGAACAUCGCCCUCUCUGUCAGAGGUAGUGGGCGAAUACUGUGCUGUGCUGGAAUUAGACGUUCUGUCAACUGAGGAUACAUUCCCAAACAAAAAAUACGUACUUGCUCCAGUUAAUCUGGUGUAAUACUUCCGUGCAUUGAAAUAAUAUAGAUUUUUAUG